AUGAGAGUGUUUCAUGUUUUAAAGACUUUUGUGAGAUACUUAUGGGUUGGAGGAAAUCCGUUUGUUAUCAUCACAGCUCUCCAUACACCCAAUGAAGAAGGAAAAUACGUGAUUCAAGCAGAGGGAAUUAGACUUGCCUUUACGAACAAUGGUGGUGCUCUAGCCAAUUUCUGGAUCAAUGAUAAGCACGGCAAGGAAAUAGAUAUUGUGAUGGGACUAGACAAUGCUACGCAAUACGCAGAAUAUGAAGGCAGAGUUGGUGGAGCGCUGGGUCGAUACGCGGGCAUGAUCAGCGGCGCAAGCUUCGAGCUCAACGGAAAACGGUGGAAAACUUCGAAUAACGGCAAAAAUCCUGACAAGCCAGUCACUCUCAACGGCGGAAAGAGAGGAUGGGGGAAUAUUAGACUAGAUGUGGCAGUUCAUACGAAAGACACACUCACUUUCUUCAUAUACGAUCGGGGCGCAAAUGGAUUUCCAGGCGUUGCUGGAGCAAGUUUAACCCAUACCGUUACACCAUUUGCGUGGCAUAUGUCCUAUGGAUCGACUCCGAUGAAAGAAGCCGGUCCGAUGGAUUUGAGCCAUCAGGUUUUCUGGAACUUAGACGGCUUUGUGGAGAAUUCGACUCGAACGGUGGAGAACCACAUGCUAUCGUUGCCAUAUGCUGGACUUCGUCUAGGUAUUGAUGAGGACAAGAUACCAACUGGAGAUAUUUUGGGUAAUAAGAAAGACUCUGCAUUUGACUUUUGGUCGAAACCAAGACCACUUGGUGUCGUGAUGGACCAGGACGGCAAAAAAGGGACGGAAAUUGUGAGAGGACUUGACAACACUUUCCUGACCACUCGAUCGCAACCUUGGGGUAAAGAUCAUAAACCUGUUGCUAGUCUCAAAUCGGAACAUUCUGGCAUUAAGCUGGAUCUUUAUUCGGAUCAAGAGGCUUUGCAGGUUGUUACAUGGAAUGAGACAGAUGGCGCAAUACCCCUCAAGAAAUCGCAAGGUGGAGGUGAUACUCCAAGAUUUGGUGGCGUUAGCAUUCAGACACAGGACUGGACUGAUGCUAUCAAUCAUCCAGAAUGGCAGAGAGAUGAAAAGAUAAUAUGGGGACCGGAUAGAUGUUUCAUCGCCUAUAGCACUUUUCGCUUCUCAGUGGAAAAGGAUUCACCAUGA